CUCGCAUUCAUACACCGUUUCCAAUUCAACAUGGAUAAAUAUGAAGAAAAUCUGUUGCGAUUAAACAAAAAAAUCCGUGAUUUGAUUGCCCAACUAGACACGCUGGAAACCAAAAAUCGUAAGCUCCAACUUGAGAAUCACGUGCUGGUGGAGGAUGUAGCUCAUUUCCGGGCGCAGUAUGCACGGGCCGAGGAGGAACGGAUGCGGUGCAAGACGGUGCUAGAAAAGGAAAUAGUUAACAACGCUCAACAGUUCGAGGCACAGGCAUUGCUGAAGAAACGUUACAAUGAACUUAUUCAGGAGUACGUUGCUCAAAAUCAGAAACUUAAAUCAUUUGAACAAAACGCCAACACGAAAAAGUCGAGAUUGCAGAGAAAACAAGUGCGAGUGGAAAUUGUCGGCAAGCUUUCUGAUGGAAGCAACAUUAAGCCAGCAGAAGAUAAAAUGGCUACCCUUGAAAAUCGAUGCAGUGUUUUGGAAAAGCAGCUACGCAAAGCAUAUUCCACGAUCGAUGAUUUAGAAUUUGAACUAGAGUCGAUCGAUCAUUUGGAAAACACUAACGAUCGUUUGGAGCAACAGAAUAGAGAUUUAACAGCCCAGUUGAACCAAUACCGCAGCCUUCCUCUCUCACCGGGUGAUGUUGACUCCAUGACCUCCCCAUUACGCCAGGUAUCAUUCCACCCUUUUGAGAGUCCCCAAUCUGCCCAACAAAUCACGCUACAGGAAGGAUCAGAGCCAAAGUGGAUGCCGGUGCUGCGCUUUAUCGGCACUUAA